AUGUGGAAAGGGCCCUUAUUUGAUUCCUCUGCCACCUUUCAGGGAGUGUCAUUGAACAAGGUACUGCUCAAAGGCCCUGAUUUGACAAAUGGACUGGUAGGGGUACUAAUGCGUUUCAGAAGGGAAGGUGUCGCUGUUUGUGGGGACAUAGAGAGUAUGUUUUAUUGUUUUGGAGUGGCCGAGGAGCACAAGAACUUUUUAAGAUUUUUCUGGCAUGAAGAAAAUGACAUUAGCAAACCGUUAGUAGAGUAUAGGAUGUGUAAGCAUUUAUUUGGAAACAAACCCUCUCCAGCAGUUGCUAACUAUGGCAUACGAGACAUCAUCAAAAAUGCUGAUCCUGAUGUGGUAGAAUUUGUCAAUAACAAUUUCUAUGUAGAUGAUGGGUUAACAUCUUGCGAGGAUCAUGAAACUGCAAUAUCAUUGGUGAAAAGAACGCAGGCUGCUUUAAUGGAUGGUGGCAAAAUACGCCUACAUAAAAUUGCUUCUAACAGCCAAGAGGUACUAAACGCAUUUGAUCGAGAAGAAAUUGCAAAGGACAUCAGAGAUUUCAAAGUGGAAGUAGGUGGUGCUCCUCUCCAAAGAAGUCUAGGCUUACAGUGGAGAUUAUGUGAAGAUGUCUUCACCUUCCAUAUUGACUGUGAAGAAAAACCAUUCACAAAGCCUGGUAUUCUAGCAACCAUUAAUAGUAUAUACGACCCCUUAGGAUUUGUUUCUCCAGUUUUGGUGCAUGGAAGAGUCCUGUUCCGUAACAUGAUGCUACUCAAAGCAGAUUGGGACGAUCCACUGCCUGCACACAUUAAAUAUGAAUGGGAGUCAUGGAAAGCAAAUCUACGGAAGUUGGAGUUAUUGCGUGUAUCAAGAACUUACCACAAAAUUAAAAGAAGAGAAGUAGUGGAUUCAACUGUACAUGUGUAUUGUGACGCCUCUGAGCAGGCUGUUGCAGCGGUGGCGUUCUUAAAGACAAACAGUGUAAAGGGGACCGAAGUUGGAUUUAUAAUAGGAAAAUCACGCAUAGCUCCUAGACAAGGUCACACCAUUCCCCGUCUCGAACUCUGUUCCGCUGUGCUUGCCACUGAAUUAGCCAAAGUUGUGUUAGCCUAG